AUGAAGAUGACACAAAGGCUCCAAGGCUCCAAGGCUUCUGACCUUCCAAGGUUUCUUGACUCGGUGCUUCAAAGAACUGACCAGAUUUCCCAGACGAUGGAUGAGGAAAUUGUGGAGCAGCAUAUUGUUGUUGUCGAUGAAACGGUGCGUUUGCUUCGUAUACUCCGAGACAGCAGUUCGAAUAUUAAUGCCUCUGACAAAGAAACCUUAGAUAAUCUCUCAUCAGCGUUCAGUGAUGUCUUAUCAGCCCUGCAACAAUGUUCAGCCAGAGCAGCCGUGUCUCCCACCACAGUGGCGAAGAAUGUUUGUCCCAGGCUUAAAAGUGGUGAACCCGGUAAGCCGGCUUUCGACAUAUCUGCAGAACUACUUGAAGUCCUUCUGGGUUUAGGAUUUACUUACAUUAGAAUUGCGCAGAUGUUGGAAGUAUCUCGUUGGACUAUAUCAAGAAGGAUCAAAGAUUAUGGUUUAGAAGAUUUUAGGUCGUUUAGUAAACUGUCUGAUGACGAGUUGGAAGACGUAGUGCGAGGUUAUAUUCGUGAACAUGGAGCAACAAGUGGACAAGUGUAUAUGACGGGAUAUUUAAGAUCCCUGGGAUUGAGAGUGCAAAGAAGAAGAGAAAGGGAAUGUUUAGCUCGACUGGACCCACAAAACAGGGUUUUGAGGUGGGGAAUUCUUGUUUCACGAAGGGUAUACCAGGUCUCAUGGCCCAAUUCAUUAUGGCACUUAGAUGGGCACCAUUCUUUAAUUCGCUGGAGCUCGUCAUUCAUGGUUGUGUCGAUGGGUUUUCGAGGCGUAUAAUAUAUUUAAAGUGUAAUUCGAAUAACCUGUCAUAGACAGUGCUUGACCUGUUUUUGGAUGCUGUAAAAAGGGAUGGUGACCGUUGGCCAUCGAGGAUCCGCGUUGAUAGGGGAGUUGAGAACGUCCUUGUUUGUGAUGCAAUGAUACAAUAUCGAGGAGAAGGAAGAGCAAGUUUCAUUGCUGGUCCAUCAACACACAAUCAGAGGAUUGAACGCCUCUGGAGAGAAGUCUAUAGAUGUGUUUGUCAUCUGUACUACUAUACUUUUUAUGCAAUGGAAUCAUCAGGGAUUCUUAAUGUCGAGGAUCCAAUUCAGCAUUUCGCUUUACACACUAUGUUUAUCCCUAGAGUAAACAAUUCCCUGAGACAAUUUUCUGAAGCUUUCAACAAUCACGCAGUGAGUACUGAGGGUAAUUGGACCCCAUAUAAAAUUUGGAUGAAUGGCAUGAUGCAUGCCAAUAAUCCCCUUGCUCAUGGGGAUGUGGAUGGAGAGCCAGAUGAUAUUCAAUUCUAUGGAUAUGACCCUGAGGGCCCCUCUCCUUCAGAAGAAGAUAACAACGUUGUU